UGGAAGAACAUAUGAGAAAUAAUGACUGUGGUCUGCAGAUGAAAAAGAAGCUUGCCUACGAAGUUCUUGACAGUUUAAGGAUGCUUCACUGUCAAAACCCUCAAAUUCUCCACCGAGAUCUGAAACCACAGAAUGUUUUGAUUGAUGUUUGUGGGAAGGCGAGACUAGCUGACUUUGGUAUAAGUAGGAGGUUGCCUCAAGGCCAAACAACUUGGCGCACAGCCAGUGCAGGAACAAUUGGUUGGAUGGCCACAGAGACUCUAACAGAAGAAUCUGUCAUACCAUACAAGUCAAGCACUGAUGUACAGGUGGCAGGGAUGCUGAUCUACUAUAUCCUCUCUGGGGGACACCAUCCAUUUGGCAAAACCUUUGAACGUGAGUUCAAUCUUCAUAAUGGAAGGUACAGUUUGGACCAUGUUCAAGAUUUGGUGGCAAAGGAUCUCAUCGAGUGGAUGAUCAACAAAGAACCAAAGAACAGACCAACAGUGGAAGAAUGCUUGAGUCAUCCCUUCUUCUGGCCUUGUGAAAAGCAAGUUGAGUACUUGAAAAGGAUUGGUAACAGAGAGGAGGUGGCAAACUGUCGAAAUCCUGAUCCGGAAUUCCUUAGUUUGCUGGAAGAAUGUCUGGAGGACGGAUCCUACAAACAGUGGAAAAACAAGCUUCCACAAGAGCUUGUUCAGAAGAUGGAUGGCAAAAACAAAGCCUAUCCUGAAACCCCACUGGGAUUACUGCGCUUCAUACGCAACCUCCACGAGCACUAUCCUCAAGAUGCAGCCCAAGUCGAUCUAACUGCAUUGUUUCCUGAUCUCUUUGGAUGCAUUUACAAGUUUGCCAAGACCCAAAGAUGGAAUUCAGAGGCUCCAUUGAAGAAAAUGUUUCGAACAGAAGACACUGGAGCCAUCUCUGAGUUUCCAGCCACAAACACUGAAGAGCAUCUCAGUAUCCAAGAAUAAGAGUCUCAACCCAGUGACUUAAAGUGAAAUUGAAUUCAAAAAGGAUGACAAAUCUCAAAAACCACCGCAGAGUCUUACAAGCAGAGCAAACAAGAAAAAUUCACAUAGAAGUUAUUCCAUGUAAUCAUGGCAGCACAUGGGUUAUCAACACGUUUUCCUUUUUCUAUUUGAGAGUCACAGUGAGACGAGACAGGGUUCAUGCUCUGAUUUAUGGUUUACAUCUGUGCUCUUCUUACUGUAUUUAAAUGUGUCAUAUG